CGUACUAUCUACAUCCAUCAUGUCCUACAGCGGCCAUUGUAACUGCGGCAACAUCUCUAUUACUCUGGCCCAGCAGCCAGAGAAGAGCGUCAUUUGCCACUGUUCCACCUGCCGAAGAGGAGGGAGUGGUGCAUUCUCCAUCAACUAUUUUGUCGAUGAAAGUGACCUUAAAGUCGAGGAUCCCAACGGGGUAUUGAAGGUGUACAAUGACCACAAUACCGCUUCGGGCAACAUCGUCCAACGCCAUUUCUGCUCCAAUUGUGCAAGUCCGGUGUACGGCCUGUCUCCGAGGGCGCCAGGAAAAGCUUUUGUGAAAGCCGGGUUGUUUGACAGCGUGUCUCGGCCGGGCAUGGCGGUGUUUGGGGAGCAGCAGCAGGAGUGGGUGACGGUUGAUAUGGCCUAGUUCCUUCGUAGAGUUGAUGGUCAUGAGUGGAGUCUGGGGUAGAUGGUGGAGUUGAUUAGCAUGUGAUAAUGUGAUUGUGCCGGUGAAAGCAAAUCGGCGACUGAUUUCA